AUGGCAUUGCUUUCCACUUUCCUCCCUGCGUUUAUCCUGGCUAUUGUUUGCUUCUUGGUGUUUCUUAUCUGUCGCCGCACACAACGCCGAUUUUAUUCCCCAAGAUCAUAUCUAGGGCAUAUGCAUGACCAUGAGCGAAGCCCAGAACUUUCUCAAGGGUUUAUAAACUGGAUAGGAGAGUUUAUACGCCUCCCGGACAGCCAUGUUCUCCGACACUCAUCCUUAGAUGGAUAUUUUUUUCUUCGGUUCCUCAAAAAGAUGUCGCUCCUAUGCUUCAUCGGAUGCUGCAUUACCUGGCCCAUCUUGAUGCCUGUACAUAUCACUGGGGGUGCAGGCAAUACCCAGCUGGACCUCCUGACCUUCAGCAAUGUUGUCGACCCUAAGCGAUAUUAUGCACAUACAAUUGUUUCUUGGAUAUUUUUUGCAGGCGCUGUAUUCCUUAUGGUUUGUCGAGAAAGCAUCUUCUACGCAGCUCUUCGCCAGGCUUAUCUACUCUCUCCACUAUAUGCUGAUCGCAUCUCCUCCCGAACCGUUCUCUUCAUGUCGGUGCCGAAGUCUUACCAGAAUAAGACAAAGCUGUCCAAAAUCUUUGGUGACUCAGUCAAGCGCGUUUGGGCAUCUGAGGAUACCUCGAAAUUAGCAAGACUUGUCAAUGAGCGAGACAGCCUUGCGUAUCUCUUGGAAGGGGCCGAAACGAGAUAUGUUAAAGAUGCACAUGCCGCCCGCCUAAAGGCAUUGAAGAAACAAGGUCGAGAACCGGAGAUCUCGUUGGAAGAAGCCACCGUUAAGCAAAGUACUGAAACUGACAUCAAGCAGGCCCCUUGGCUACUGAAUGUUAACCGCCCUUCACGGCUAUCCUACUAUUUCUUCGGGAGAAAGAUUGAUAUCAUCGACAGUCUCCGCUCUCGCCUUGCUACACUCAUUCCAAAGGUCAAUGCUCUACAGGAAGAACACCGAAUCGGCGAAGCAAAGAGUAUAGGCGGCGUGUUCGUUGAAUUCACAACCCAACGUGAGGCCCAAAUAGCAUAUCAGACACUCUCACACCACCAUCCUUCCCAGAUGACUCCACGAUUUAUUGGAAUUCCACCUCACCAGGUGCUAUGGCCGGCCCUACGAUAUUCAUGGUAUCAAAGAAUUGUUAGGAAAUUUGCAGUCCAGGGAUUCAUUACCGUCUUGAUCAUCUUUUGGUCUAUACCAUCUGCCCUUAUUGGAUCAAUUUCUAAUAUUGCCUACCUCACAAAUCUUCUCAAAUUUCUCAGCUUUGUGAAUGAACUUCCCCCUUUCAUCAAAGGAAUAAUAAGUGGCCUGCUUCCUGCAGCGGGUUUGGCCAUAUUGAUGUCGACCGUUCCAUGGAUCAUGAGAUGGUGUGGGAGGCAGUCAGGCGUCCCUUCGACGGCAAAAGCAGAGUUAUUUACUCAAAAUGCACAUUUCUGUUUCCAGGUAGUCCAAGUGUUCUUGGUAACUACCAUAACGUCAGCGGCUUCAGCAGCCACGAGCCAAAUUAUCAAAAAUCCGCUCUCGGCCAAAGACCUACUGGCAAAGAAUUUACCUAAGGCAACGAAUUUCUACAUCUCAUACUUCCUUUUCCAAGGCCUCAUGCUGAGUUCAGGGGCGGUGGUGCAAGUUAUUGCUUUUCUUGUUUUUAAAAUUUUCCGAGCUUUCUUUGACUCUACUCCGCGGAAGCUGUACUCACGCUGGGCUGCACUCACGGGAGUAUGGUGGGGAACAGUUUUCCCGGUGUUUACAAACAUGACUGUUAUUGCAAUCACCUACAGCUGCAUAGCACCUCUUGUCCUAGGCUUCUCGGCUCUCGGUCUCUACCUAGUAUAUCAGGCUUAUAGAUACAAUCUGCUAUUCGUCUAUGAACCAGUUGUGGAUACGAAGGGUCUUGUAUACCCCCGAGCACUCCAACAAGUCUUGACCGGUGUUUAUCUAGCAGAAGUAUGCAUGUUUGGGCUCUUUGCGAUCCGCGCAGCGAUAGGCCCUAUGGUUCUGAUGGGGAUGUUUACGGUUUUCACCGCUCUAUGUCACAUCUCCUUGAAUGAAGCUCUGGCACCGCUACUAUCGGCGUUACCCCAUACCUUGAACAACGAAGACGACUGGACGUGUACAACGCCAAUUGACCUGGAUAAACCCGGAUUCCUAUCACGAACCAUGACUAGCGGCAAGGAAUUUCUACCUCGACGCCAAAGCACACUGACUCUAGCUGAGAUUACCACAGCACAAGACUCGUUGUGGGAUAAGCUCAAAAAUAUCCGUUGGUGGCUGUUUCACCCUAGCAUAUAUGCCAACUACGCUGCAUUGCGAGAGAAAAUACGGCAGGACCCAUCAAUCCCAUACGACGAACAUGUUUCCGAUAACGCAUACUUCCCUACCUGCGUCUACAGCCGCCCACCUCUUCUCUGGAUCCCACGAGAUGCUGGGGGAGUAAGCCGGCAGGAGGUUGAGCUUACCAAUCCAAUUAUACCCAUGACUGAUGACGAAGCCCACCUCGACGAAAAGAAUAAAGUGGUAUGGGAUAAAGUCGGAAUGAAGCCGCCGAUAUGGGAAGAAAAGGUGUUUUACUAA